UGCUCGGCGCUCAGAUCUGAGAGCUGCUCACGAGUCUCGUCUCUUUACAGUUGCCAAUCUCCCCUCAGGCUAGCGAGAUGAUUCCAUAGGGGACGUGAAGUCCUUAGUGUAGCGGGAUGGGCGCGCAAAGCCGAUCACUUCCGUGUCCUGCGUAGGUAGUGAUCAGCCAAUCAAGGCCCGGCUCCUUUUCCCGCGUCUCGCAGGUUGCUAUGGUGACGCAGAGGCCUCAUCCACGCGUCCAAGGAAGCUGAUCAGGUCACUGGAUGCCUCUGUUCUCCCUGUCCAGGCUGCGGCCGCAUUGUGGAGAGGCAGAGGGCGUGGGACGCGGGUCCCCACCAUCGCACAGGAACAAAACAGACAGACAACCCAAAUCACAGCGACUUUCCUCCCGCACUGGCAGUGGCAUCUGAAUUGGCGGCAACGUUUCCGUGUUCCUUGGCCGACUCUGGUGCUUGUGUUUGUCACCAUCACUUCUGUUAACCUUCCGGGAGCUAGAGAUGCUGCAUUGCCAUAGCUGAGAAACCUACCCAGACAUGGAAAACUUCAUCCUGUAUGAGGAGAUUGGCAGAGGAAGCAAGACCGUUGUGUAUAAGGGACGUCGGAAGGGGACAAUCAAUUUCGUGGCCAUUCUUUGUACUGAAAAGUGCAAACGGCCUGAAAUAACCAACUGGGUCCGUCUCACCCACGAAAUCAAACACAAGAACAUUGUGACUUUCCAUGAAUGGUACGAGACCAGCAAUCAUCUCUGGAUGGUGGUGGAGCUGUGCACAGGUGGUUCUUUAGAAACUGUGAUUGCUCAGGACAAGAACCUCCCAGAAGAUGUCGUGAGAGAGUUUGGGGUGGAUCUGGUCAUGGGGCUGCACCAUCUCCACAGGCUUGGCAUCCUCUUUUGUGACCUUACUCCUGGGAAGAUACUCUUGGAAGGGCCUGGAACACUGAAGUUCAGCAAUUUCUGCCUGGCAAAGGUGGAAGGAGAGAGUCUGGAGGAGUUCUUUGCCUUGGUGGCGGCAGAAGAAGGAGGCGGUGACAGUGUGGAAAACACACUGAGGAAAAGCACGAGAAACCGAGUCAGAGGCUCUCCAAUAUAUGCGGCACCAGAAAUCAUAAAGGGAACCGACUUUUCUGUCACCAGUGACCUCUGGUCUUUGGGCUGUCUGCUUUAUGAAAUGUUCUCAGGCAAACCCCCGUUCUUCUCAGAAACCAUGUCAGAAUUAGUUGAGAAGAUCCUGUUUGAAGACCCGUUGCCGCCGAUCCCAAAGGACUCGUCCUUCCCCAAAGCUUCUUCAGAUUUUGUUAAUCUGCUGAGUGGACUCCUGCAGAAGGAUCCUCAGAAAAGGUUGUCGUGGGAGGGAGUCCUGCAGCACGCCUUCUGGAAGGAUGCCCUGCAGAGAGAGGACGCCGACUCGGCCUCCGAGGACUGCAGCUUCAGUAGAAACAUCACGGAAUGUUCUGGGCCGCACGAUUCCAGGGAGCUUUCGCAGAGCCCUCAGAAUGGGCAGAAAGGGCAGGAGGGGGCUCAUCGGCUCAGCCAGUCUUUCCGGCUAGACAACGCGACUGAGCUGAGGCCCAAGAGUACCACAGGGGGCCAGCUGAAUGAAUCCAUAUUCCUCCUCAGCUCACGGCCCACUCCAAGGACUAGUGCCAUGGUGGAGUUAAGUCCUGGAGAGGGUGAGGCUGCCAGCUCGCCACAGACCUCUCCUUUGUCCAAGGUGACCCGUGGGCAUCUGAGCCAGGGGGCCCUGGAGUUCCACAUGAGGGAGCUGAUUUACACGGACUCGGAUCUUGUGACCACUCCAAUUAUCGACAACCCCAAGAUAAUGAAACAACCUGCAAUCAAGUUUGAUCCAAAAAUCUUGCACCUACCGGCUUAUUCUGUGGAUAAGUUGCUGCUCCUGAAGGACCAGGACUGGACCGCCUUCCUGCAGCAGGCCUGCUCCCAGAUCGACUCCAGCGAGAAGAGCGCAGGGGCGGCGCGAGCCAAGCUGAACCUCCUGUGCUAUCUGUGCGUGGUGGCUGCUCACAGGGAGGUGGCCACCAGGCUGCUCCACUCCCCACUGUUCCAGUUGCUAAUCCAGCAUUUGCGAAUAGCUCCUAACUGGGAUAUACGGUCCAAGGUUGCUCGCGUGAUUGGCUUGCUGGCCUUGCACACCACAGAACUUGAGGAAAAUGUGCCAGUUAUCGAGGUGACGUCUUUCUUUACUGACAUCCUCAUGGAGAACGUGGCCUCUGGUUGGAUGCAGAGGUGCCGAGAACCAAGCCUAGGUCCUCUAAGCCACAUAAAUGCCACCUGGGAAGAAAAGAACCAGCACCCCAGGGACUGCUGGACUGUGCCCCUGGCUGCGCACACUGUGCUGAUGAGGUGCCUGCGGGAAGGGGAAGAGCGUGUUGUCAAUCACAUGGCUGCCAAGAUUAUCGAGAAUGUUUGCACAACAUUUUCCGCCCAGGCGCAGGGCUUCAUCACCGGGGAAGUCGGGCCUGUCCUGUGGCACCUGUUCAGACACUCCACGGUGGACUCCCUGAGGAUAACGGCCAUAUCGGCCCUGUGCAGAAUCACACGCCAGUCUCCCACAGCCUUCCAGAACGUCAUCGAGAAGGUGGGACUCAAUGCUGUCAUCGGCUCCCUGGCAUCUGCCAUCUGCAAAGUGCAGCAGUACAUGCUGACACUGUUCGCGGCCAUGCUGUCCUGUGGGAUUCACCUGCAGCGGCUGAUCCAAGAAAAGGACUUCGUGUCUACCAUCAUCCGUUUGCUGGACAGUCCGUCCACUGCCAUCCGAGCCAAAGCCGUCCUGGUGCUGCUUUACAUCCUGAUCUACAACCGGGACAUGCUGCUGCUGAGCUGCCAAGCGAGGCUGGUGAUGUACAUCGAGAGAGACAGCAGAAAGACCUCCCCAGGCAAGGAGCUGCAAGGUGGGAGCGAGUACCUGGCCAGGUGCCUGGAUCUCCUCAUCCAGCACAUGGUACAGGAGCCGCCGCGGAUCCUAGGCGACAUUAUCAAUGCUCUGGUCAAUGUGUCUGGCCGAAAGCACCCAUCAACGGCCCAGGGAAAGCAGCUGAAGAUGUGUCUUCCCAUGAUGCCCGUGGUGCUCCACCUGGUCAUGUCUCAGGUGUUCCGGCCUCAGGUCGUGACGGAAGAAUUUCUCUUCAGCUAUGGGACGAUUCUUAGUCACGUUAAGUCGGUUGACUUGGGAGAAACCAACAUAGAUGGAGCCAUAGGGAUGGUGGCUUCCGAGGAGUUCAUCAAGAUCACCUUGUCCACCUUUGAAGCAGUGAUACAGUACCCUGUUCUGCUGGCCAACUACCGCUCUACGGUGAUUGAUUACAUUUUGCCACCCUUGGUCUCCUUGGUUCAAAGCCAGAAUGUGGAGUGGAGACUCUUCAGCUUGCGGCUGCUCUCUGAGACCACAGCCUUACUGGUGAGCCAGAAGCCGGAGGAUGGCGAUGAUGAGGCCGGCUGUGAUCCUGACAGCAAUCUUCUGGCUCUCUUCAGGGACGAGCUGCUCCCCCAGUAUGAGCACAUCCUCAUGGAGCCUGACCCAGUUCCCGCCUAUGCUCUGAAGCUGCUCGUUGCCAUGACGGAACAUAACGAGGCUUUCACCAGGCUUGUGGAGGAAAGCAAACUGGUCCCGCUCAUUUUCGAAGUGAUUCUGGAACAUCAGGAGAGCAUUCUGGGUAACACCAUGCAGAGUGUGAUUGCAUUGCUCAACAAUCUGGUUGCGUACAAAGGCUCAAACAUGCAGCUGCUUUAUAAACAGGGACUCGUUGGCCAUGUCUGUAACAUGUUCACAGUAACUGCCACACUGUGCUUAGAUUGGGGCAAUAAAAACAGCAUAGAGCCGGCGGCCACGCUGCUGGCGUCGCUGCUCGAUAUCCUGCUGGGAAUGCUGACACACACCUCUAGAGUUGUUCGGCAGGCUCUGCAGGGCUGUGCCUGCUCCACACCAGGGCUGUGCCCGCUCCACACCGGGGCUGUGCCCACUCCAUACCAGGGCUGUGCCUGCUCCAAAAUGGCCCUGCUUUACACUGGGGCCAUGCCCAUUCCACACCGGGGCCGUGUCCAUUCCAUACUCACGCUGCUUCAUACUGGGGCUGUGCCUGCUCCACACCGGGGCCAUGCCCGCUCCACACUGGGAACUUACACCGCCCUCUCUGCCCACUUCCAGCUUCCCAGCGAGGACCCUGAGAUCUCCGAGGCGUCAUCCAAGUGCCUGUCCAUCCUCGUGCAGCUGUAUGGAGGAGAGAACCCCGACAGCCUGUCCCCAGAAAACCUGGAGACCUUUGCCAAUCUCCUGGUGACCAAGGAGGACCCGAAGGACCAGAAGCUUCUGCUGAGGAUCCUCAGGAGGAUGGUCAUCUCCAGUGAGAAGCACAUGCAAAGCAUCAGGAACACUGGCGACCUUCUGCAGGCCCUGAGGCGCCUGGCUCCGGCUCACAGCUCGCCUGUUGACACCACUGUGGCUUCCUUGGCCCUAGAACUCCUCCAGGCUGUUGGGCACUAGACAAGGCCGCACAAGGGCUCAUGGUCAGCUGCACCGUGAGGUCAGAUCCCACACAUUUCUCCUUCCCAUCAGCCUCAAGUGGAGCUAAUAAAACCACCGGGCCAGAACCUGAAGCCUCAAGCCCUCUUCUUCCCUCUGCAGAGGUCAAGCAAGCCUCGGGGCCCCUCUGCAGCAGCUCCGGACCUCACCUUCCCCUCACCUUCCCGUGGUAUUCUGCAGCCAUUUCCUUUCCUUCUCAGCAACAGAGAAUUCUAAGAAUUUUAGGGAGGCCUGGGUGAGAUUCACACAGCAGUCCAGUGUGCAAGUGAGUGUGGAACACUAGCGUCCACCCAGCUAGAGGGGAUGGCGAUGAACCAGCAGAAUUGUUCAUCCCUCAGACUUUACUGUUUCUGCCAAGUGCUAAAGGUCUGGUGGACGCUCAAGGUUGUGGGGCUGCUGUGUGGGGUGGGGCCUGGGCAGUUUCAACUAGAUAACCUUAGGCCUCUGGAACAGCUUUGAAUCAGGUUUCUGGCCCACUUGCCGCUCUGGGCUGCUUCUGCGGGGAGGGGUGUGCACAGCCAGACCAGGGCAGGCAGGCAAGCAGACAGAGUAUCCCUCUGUAGAGGGAGCACGGGCCUACAUUCACCGGCAGCCCUGCUGUGACAUGAUCUCGAUAGCCUGCCAGCUCCAAUUUAGCCUCACGACGAAAACAGCAACACUGUGCCUGACCACAUCAAAGGCAACCAUGCCAAUUACCUUUAGUCCCCACAGCCACCUGCAAGGGCCUCAGCUUCCUCUUGCAGACAAGGCUCCAUGGCAUGACUGGUUCAGGUUGGGUCCACUGUCCUGAGCAGCCCCAGGCAGGACUUGGCUGAAAGCUCUAAGACUUCACACGGCUCCAGCGGUGUCACCAGGGGCCGUGCGGCUCAGUGGUCCUGGCCUGGAUGCAUUACGGACCGAGUGGGCAGGUGCUCUAAGACAGAGAACCAAGUCUUAUCUCCCUUUGUUCUGUGCCUGAGCUCUGGAAUCCUGCAGGGAACUGCUUCAAAGCAAUGGGACAUUCUUCCUCCCCUCUCUCCCCUUUUCAGCAGAAUCUAAAACAGGAAGGCUUUAACAUUCCAGAACAUUCUGUUAGGUGGCUGGCUUACAGACAAGGGGCCUGGUGGUGUGAAGUAGAGCUCCUGUCUUACUAGAGGCUAGGCCUGCCUGGCCACUCCCCUCCCCUCUUAGUGCUGUGCCCUCCCCCACAAACUGCUGUGGAGACCAUGAGUGCGUAGACAGAGAGCAAAUACAAUUCCUCCUUUGCCUUCCCUGAGCUCUAGGAUUCUGGUGGUGGCCAGCAGUCCAGACCCAGGCUUCUGCCUCCACCGCUCAGUCUUACUCACUAAGCACACAAGUGACAGGGAGGUGGCUGCCCAGGCCCUACCUUUGCCCUCUCCAACAGCUCCCAGCUCAAGCCCUUUGCUUUAACCCACAGCCUGAGAGCAGGGUGGGAUAUGCUGGCUCUCAGGAAACCCCAGAGGGUAAAUGGCCACAACUGUUCUGGAGGAUCCUUAGGUAGCAAUGGCAGUCGGCUAUAGGCUCACUGCCAUGCCCACGUCUUUUGUUUCCUGCACGAACCCCCAGGAUACGGGGCUGAAGUUUUCCUGUGCUCUGGCAGCUCUGGCUGUUAACAAGGUGAGUGUAGGAUUCGCAUCUCCCCAAUGGACAGCUCACAAGGUGCUCUUUACCGCCUUCCCCAGCACUGAAACUAGAAAGCACUAAUAAAUCUCCCCGGGUGCAGCAGCCCCAGCCUCAGCCAUGCCCGAGGCAGCAUAAAAAGGUCCUAUCCUUGA